UUGCUGCUCGGAUUAUCCAAGCUUACUUCCGCAUUAACAAUGCGUCCGGGAACGACAGAUCAGCGGGCUACGACAUGGUCUCCUACCUCACGCAGGUCAUCCAAGCUGAAGCCGUACGCACGGGCUGUGAAAGGUUCAGACGCCUGCGCGGUCACCUCUACGAUGGCCUCGGCCACAAUAUGGGCGUUCUCUUCUGGCAGCUCAAUGACAUUUGGCCUGCGCCGUCGUGGGCGUCUAUCGAAUACGGUGGCCGCUGGAAGAUGCUUCACUAUUUCUCGAAAAAGUUCUUCAGUCCCAUUAUCGUAUCGCCGUACCUGGAACGAGUGGAGGAACUCAGGGUGUUCAUCGUCAAUGACUUGCUCACACCUGUAGAAGGCGCAGUGCUGGACGUCACACUACGCUCAUCAGCGUCCUUCACUCCUCUCUGGGGAUUUCAACUGCAACCCAAGGUGGCAAGUGCCCUUUCUGUCGACCUUGGGAGCUACCCUGUAAGCGACCCGCUACGACGUCACAGCUGCUCGAGAUUCCGGCUCUGUUUCUUCUGGUUCGAACUACGCGACCAGACAACGGGAAAGCUGUUGGCUCCAGAGGCGUACUUACUUCCGGGCGACUUCAAAGAGACCCAUCUUCACUCCACAACAAUAAAGGUUUGA